AUGCCAACAACUGACGCGAUAAUAGAUGAAUCAUUUGAUAUUUUUGGGGAUGUUACACCUGAAGAAGAACGAUUGUUAGAAGCCCGUCAAGAACAAUUCAGACAACAGCUUGAGACCAAAAUAGCCCAAUUCUCAUCUAAUCCCAUCGAUCGUACCCUUCAACAAAAUCGCUUCAUCUUUACUCAAAGACAACGACAACACCACUUUACUAAACCUGUUCAACGUGCUCAAUUACUUUCUCGAGAGGAAUGUCGCUCGAUUUUAGACAUUUGUUCGAAACAAGAGGUAGGAUGGACGACUGAUCGUCAUUCUGCAUUCGCAACAACCGAUAUCCCAAUCCGUACUGCUCACGAGAGUCCAUUGCGGUCCCUUGAAGCCCUGGUGAAAGAACGUCUCUUCCCAGAGUUAGCAGCGUAUUAUGGCUUUAAAGUCAGUGAUUUAGAGUUUAGAGAUAUCUUUCUAGUCAAAUAUACUGCAACUGGACAAAGAGGUCUUCGAUUACAUCAAGACGGAUGCUUGUUCUCUGUCACAGUUUUGAUUAGUCAUGAGGAUGACUUUGAAGGAGGUGGAACGUACUAUAAAAGUAUCGAUGAUAUUGUUUAUUUAAAACAAGGUGAUUGCGCUUAUCAUGAUGCACAUGUUAUGCAUAGUGGUGUAGAUAUCUCAAAAGGUGAACGUUAUGUUUUAGUCGGUUUUAUAGAUACUUUGGAUACAAUUGAAAAAGAUAAAAUAGCAUUAUUACGUUCAUAA